CGGGGGGGUUUUUCGAACCACCCAAGGCGAAGCGAAGGCGGGAAACUGCAGCAGAUGUUCGAGGAGCUCGUCUUCAACAUCAACACUGAUUAUUGAGAAUUUAAUUCGAAUCAAAAAUCAUGUCCCAAAAAUCGAUUACGUCAUUCUUCACGCGACAGCCACUGCAGAAAAAGGAAAAUAUUAUCCAACCUGACAAUGAGAAGUGCAGCAAAGCUGGUAGCGGUGCAUCAGGAAAGAGCUUAUCUGACACCGAGGAGUCCCCUGUGAAAGGGAAUAAACGCAGGAGGAAGCGAGCAAUAAGUGACAGUGAUGACGACUCAAGCAGUACUAGUGAGACAGCAAAGGCAGCAUCAGAGUCAGUAAAAGAUGAAGUGAAAGAUACUGAUACCACUUCAAAGUCUCCCAGCUCUUCAACUAGUAAAUCUGGUUCACCUAGCAGGAAAGUUAUGAAAAAAAUAACAGCUCCUGUUACAAAGGACCCCAAUAUAGAUCGGACAAAACUUCAUCCUGCUAUAGCCAAGAUACUGAAAAGCGCGAAUGAUUCUGAUGCUACUGAUAAUGAUAAGCCAUCGAGUUCUGAUAUAGCCAUGGAAUGUGAAGAAAACACUAGUGACUUUACUUUGAAAAUGGAAGUGUCUGACUCGGAAGAUCCACCUGCUGAUAAACCGCAAGCUGCAAAGAAAUCAGAAGAGGCACCUGCUAUCAAGUUGGAAGCCGAAAAAAAUCCUGUAGAUGCCUCCUCUCCUGAUGCUAAAGUACCGUACUCACCCAAAACUACAGUGAAACCAGAAACACUGAGUAGUCCUGUAAAAGCGAAAACUCCUACUAAUAAGGAGAAAAUCGAAACUCCUAAAAGAUCAGGAAAAGCUAAAACUCCUAAAGGCUCUGAAAAGGAGAAAACGCCGAAGGGUACCAGGAGAGCGAAAACUCCCAAGAGUGGGGAUAAAAAGAAAACGCCCAAAAGUUCCAAAGAUAUUGAGAAGAAAACGUCUGAAGUUUCCAAGGAAGCCACAAGUGAUAUUUUGAAUGAGAAGUCCUCUCCUAAGACAUCUAAAGCAACAGUGCACAGUUUCUUUUCCAAAAGUAACAAAAACGAAAGCACCAGUAAGGCAUCUACUAAACCUGCUGAGUCAGAAAAGAAAGCUGAAGACAAGAAACCUAAUUCUUCUGUACUCUCAAGUAAAAGUUCUGGUCCUGAAUCUGAGUACAAUCCUGCCAUUGGCACAUCUUACCAUCCAGUUGAUGAUGCUUGCUGGAAACAUGGUGAAAAGAUUCCUUACAUGGCUUUAGCCAAAACUAUGGAGGCAAUUGAAAGUGUCAGCGCACGACUUAAAAUAAUUGAAAUUUUGGCCAACUUCUUUCGGUCUGUGAUUGUUUUGUCACCUGAAGAGCUCUUGCCAUCUGUUUACCUCUGUCUGAACAAACUUGCACCUGCCUAUGAAGGUAUUGAAUUGGGAAUAGCUGAUCAAUUUUUAAUGAAAGCUAUUGCACAAACAACUGGAAGGACACUUAAUCAGAUCAAGCUAGAUGCUCAGGAAACUGGUGAUCUUGGAAUUGUUGCUGAGCGGAGCAAGAGUAAUCAACGAAUGAUGUUCCAGCCUGCCAAAUUAACUGUCAAGGGAGUAUUUGAUAAAUUGAAGGAUAUGGCAACUAUGUCUGGAAAGGAGUCUCAAAGCAAGAAAGUUGAUAAGGUGCAAGCCAUGUUUGUAGCCUGUCGCCAAGUUGAAGCUCGCUUCUUAAUCCGAUCUCUUGCUGGAAAACUCCGUAUUGGGCUUGCUGAGCAGUCUGUGCUACAGGCCUUAGCGCAAGCCUGCACCAUGACACCCCCCGGCCAAAGCUUUCCUCCAGAAACCAUUAAUGCAUGCAAGGGCAUGAGCACAGAAAGUUUUAAGGCAGCAGUGAAUGAUCAAGCCCUAAUUUUGAAGACAACAUAUUGUGAGUGUCCAAACUACGAUAAAAUUAUUCCUGUACUGCUGGAAGGUGGCAUUGCCAGCCUACCUGAACACUGCCACUUAACCCCUGGCAUACCCCUCCAACCUAUGCUGGCUCACCCCACCAAGGGUGUGCAGGAAGUUUUAACCAGAUUUGAUGGUCUCAAAUUUACAUGCGAGUGGAAAUAUGAUGGUGAAAGGGCUCAGAUUCACAUGGAUGAAAAUGGAAAAGUUUCAAUUUACAGCCGUAAUCAAGAGAAUAAUACUUCUAAAUAUCCAGAUAUUAUAUCAAGAUUAGGUACUAAAAAAUGUCUAGGUGACAAUGUUAAAUCCUUUGUGAUGGAUUCUGAGGCAGUGGCUUAUGAUAAGGAGAAGGGUCAAAUAUUACCUUUCCAAAUUCUUAGCACUCGGAAACGAAAGGAUGCAAAUGAAGAGGAUAUCAAAGUUCAUGUGUGUGUCUUUAUGUUUGAUUUACUGUAUUUGAAUGGUGAGCCAUUAGUGAAAAAGCCCCUUCAAGAACGAAGAAAACUGUUACGAGAAAACUUCAAGGAAGUUGGAGAAGAAUUCCGCUUUGCAUCUAGUGUAGAUGUUACGACAAUGGAGGAGGUUCAAGAGUAUUUAGAAGAAUCAGUCAAAGGCAACUGCGAGGGUUUGAUGGUGAAGACGUUGGAGGAAGAGGCAACCUAUGAGAUUGCAAAGCGAUCUCGUAAUUGGCUUAAGCUCAAGAAAGAUUACCUCGAAGGUUGUGGUGAUACUUUAGACGUUGUUGUCAUUGGAGGUUACAUAGGACGUGGCAAGCGCACUGGAACCUAUGGUGGAUUUCUUCUUGCUUGCUAUGACUCUGAAAAUGAAGAGUAUCAAAGUAUCUGCAAAAUUGGAACAGGUUUCAGUGAUGAAUCUCUAGCAGAACAUGCUGAAUUCUUCAAACAGCACGUCAUACCAAAACCACGCCCAUACUACCGGUAUGACAGUAACCAUGAACCUGACCAUUGGUUUGAUGCUGUUCAAGUCUGGGAGAUAAAAUGUGCUGAUCUCUCUCUUUCACCAGCACACAGAGCUGCCCUUGGCAUAGUGGACCCUGUUAAGGGCAUAUCUCUUAGAUUUCCUCGUUUCUUAAGAGUGAGAGAUGACAAAUCUGUGGAAAAUGCGACUUCUGCCAGACAAGUUGCAGACUUGUACCUGAAUCAAGAUCAGAUUAAGAACCAGUCAAAUUCUAAAGAAGUUGAUGAAGAAGAUUUCUACUAAGUUAUGCCCAGAAGGCCCUGAACCUACAGAUACCUUACUUUUCAACCCAAUGAAUUUUUAAAAACGAAUUGCUUUACUCCCAUGUGCCUUAGGACACUUAAGUAAAUAAUUUAUUAAAUAUGUUUUAUCAUAACACUA